GGGAAUCGUGUUGCUGAUAAUGAUGAUGUUCUUAGUAAAUAACGGAAGAGGAGGAGGAGGAGGAGAAGAUAUGGACGAUACGAGUGGGAAGGAAGGAAGACACAAGGAAGAAGAAGAAGAGGAAGAAGAGAAGAGGAAGAAAGGAAGGAUGGAAGAAGAGGAGGAGGAGGAGGAGGAGGAAGAUAGGAUUACACGUUUCAUACAAGACUCGGCCACGUUUACAGGUACACACAGGUCAACAUCAGCCCACCCCAGGUCAUUCUGGUCCCUGGGGGAAUGGCUGGGGAAGCGUCGAUGGUGGGGAGGAGGAAGAGGGAAGGAAGAGGAUGAGGAGGAGAAGAAAGCAGUUAACACAAUCUCAAAUAACUACCUCUCAAACUACCCUCCGUAUCCACCCCCCCAGGCCUACCCCGUGGUCAUGCCCCUGAUACAACAAGCCCCCCAGGCCCCCCCGAUAUUCGUAGGGGGUCCAGGGGGGUACACGGGCGCGGUAACCCCUUCAAAUCGCCCCCUGAACAUAAUGGUGUCCGUCCCAACCCCAGUGGUUUUAACGGAGACGGUCACUUAUACGCAGGAGACAUUUUUGAACCAUAUAACUCGUAAGAUAUUGAACCUCGGGGGGAUGGGGGGGUACGUGGAGGUAGGAGGGGGGUUAUACUCUCACCAGGGGGGGCGCGGUACCCCUCCGCCCCCCCAGAGCACCCCUACCCCUCCUCUUUCUGAACCCAAUCAUAGAAUUCUUGUGAUUGAGCCGAAUUUUGCAUCGGAUGGGGUGAGUUAUAUCAGUUUGGCCCCAUCCCACUCCCCCUCCCCGCCCCCCCACACCCAUACCGUGACCGUGGGGGGCUGGGAGGGGGUCAUGGGCGUGGGGGGCGUGCUGGGGAAAGCGUGGGUGGCUGGGGAAGAGAUGGGGAAGAGGAGGUUGAUGUGAGGAAGAGGAGGAAGAGGAGGAGGAAGAGAGGAAGAAUUAUAGAAGCAGUCUCUCUCUCUCUCUCUCUCUCUCUCUCUCUCUCUCUCUCUCUCUCUCUCUCUCUCUCUCUCUCUCUCUCUCUCUCUCUCUCUCUCUCUCAUAUGAAAGGAAAGGGAAAGGAGAGGAGGAGGAGGAGGAGGAGGAGGAGGAG